AUGUCUACGUUGCAGGCUCCCAUAGCACAGAACCCUGUCAUCACGCCGCCCUUGAGUUUCGCAGACCACCCUUUGACGCCGCCGCCGACCGACGAGAAACAAUCCGCGCAAGUCCAUCGAGUCAUCGCGCUCUUCGAGAGAUCCGGGCGGGAAGGCACAUCAAGCGACACCCAGAUGGGCAGAUAUGAUUACGACGAAGAAAGUGAUCGUCUUGUUGUUCGCAUGCCUACAGCUGUACACGAACUGUUCAUCACUCGCGUUGAGGAUGCCAUAUUCAGUCAGUUGAAAUCAAUCAGUGACGGACUGGGUGCUGCGGCGGCUUUUGCUCAGAAGGUGUACCCGGCUCGUUCUACCGAAAUAUACUUUCCAGUCGAUAGUGUUUCAUCCGGCAGAAAGUCGAAGCACGAGCCGGAUGCUUCUUUCUGGCACAACGAUGCGCAAUACCCCGGAGUUGUCAUCGAAGUCGCUUAUUCGUAG